AAAACAAAAACAUUAACCAGGAAUUGAGGCAUCACGAUGAUCCCGUCAAGGAGCAAUGUGUGGGUCUCGGUCCCUCCUGGUAAUCAGCCUGAUACCUGCCACCUGCUUCCCACAGCAUUUAAGCCUUCUCCUCCCCUUCCUCCUCGCCAGGAAGUUGUCUUCACAACGCCAAGCCAAGCUCGCUUCGUGCAUCACGCCAAGCCAAGCUCGUCUCGUGCAUCACGUCAAGCCAAGCUCGUCUCGUGCAUCACGCCAAGCCAAGCUCGCAUCACGCCAAGCCAAGCUCGCCUCGCAUUAAGCCAAGCUCGCCUCGCAUCAAGCCAAGCUCGCAUCACGCCAAGCCAAGCUCGCAUCACGCCAAGCCAAGCUCGCCUCGCACCAAGCCAAGCUCGCCUCGCACCAAGCCAAGCUCGCCUCGCACCAAGCCAAGCUCGCCUCGCACCAAGCCAAGCUCGCCCCGCACCAAGCCAAGCUCGCCCCGCACCAAGCCAAGCUCGCCCCGCAUCAAGACAAGCUCGCCCCGCAUCGAGCCAAGCUCGCCCCGCAUCAAACCAAGCUCGCUCCUCAUCACAUCACGUCAAGCCUACCUUACAAACGCCAAGCCGGUCUUCUUCCUCUCGCCAGCCCUCCGUUCCACUGCCAACCUUCCUCCGUAUAUUCCAACAAACUCCCGGAGUUCAAGAGUGAGUUUCACCCAUAUACUGUAUUCACCGCCUUGCC